GUAAAAAUACAGAUACAAACAGAAUACAAAACUCGCGGUUUGCCGACGGCUGCAACAGAAUGCGACCAGUGGAAGCUGCAACACCACCACGCCAGCCGCAGUCACCCACGAGACAAUAAUACCCGGCAGUCCCCAGAUCGAAUCCUGUGCCGCUGCCGGCCGCCUGGUGCUUCCGCGCCCGUCGCCGAGCUUGUGGACAGACCAGGGCAUCGCUUGACUGGAGUGGUCGGUCGAAACAAACGAGCAGCGCAUUCGCUCGCUGCGCGGCUCUCGGAUCGACGCGCAGAAUACACAAUCGAGAGAUGCCAUGAGCGGCGCACCUCCGAUCGGCGCCUUUCCCCAGACGCCUGUGGCAGCCUCGAAAAGAGGGCCUGUCAAGGCUCCUGCUGCCGCUUCGCCCUCCGCUCCCUCCCCCUCCUACCCUGCCGCCGCCGCCAAUGCCCGCUCGACGACGACAACAAGGAGCAGUCCGCUGCCUGUUGCUCCCCAAGCGGGUGCAUCGACAACAGCAGGUUCUGCGCCGUUAAUCCCAUUACACAUUCUGGACGCCCCGACACAGCGGCUCUACGCGCUCGGCUUCUAUGUUGCCCUCCUCGCCUGGAAGUUUUACAACUGGGCUCAGCUGGUCGAGGAAGACACGGAGUCCUUUUGGCUCUUCCUGAAAUGGAUUGCCAUAGACUGCGCAUUCCUCUUCGGGCUUCCCGAACUGAGGAUACCAUGGCUAGAGCUGUCCCAGCCGUUCGUGGUUGCCGCGUUCUUCGUCCACGCCGUGUUUGACUGGCUUCUCAUGUUCAAUAUUGGGUUUCCGUGGCAGGCGUGGAUCUUGGGCCUCGUAAAGAUCUUUUACGACCGCGAGCUCGCCAUCUCGGAGCACAAUGUCAAGCUGUCCAGCAUAAUACACAAUUCUUCGCUGAUCAUGGGCCGGCAAAUCAUCAAUAUUCUUCCCGAGGGCUCGGCGGUGCUCAACCCUGAUCUUCACCCCUUUUGUUUGGGCGGCGACCGUAAGACGGCGCCGAUACCCAUAUUUUUCAACGCGACCAUCCCGGUGGAGGUGGAACUCAUUCGAACCGAUCUCGAAACGAAUCAACAGGAGUCCAUCAAGUUGACGCGCGUUCAGAUUCGGGAUAUCGAGCGCAAGGCGAAGCGGGAGAGCCAGGAAGGCGUGCAGACCGUGGUCCAGUUCGACUAUCCGGCCAAGAAGCCCGGAGCCUACCGGCUUGGGCGAGUGCUCGACGAGUAUAAGCUCGAGGUGCAGCGAAAGAACCCUCAAACCUUCGUUGUCCCUUGCCCAAAGGCCUGGGUUGGCCCUCCCGCCUCGCCCGGACGGUGUCUGGGCGAUCUAUCAGACCUGACCCUCCAGGCCGAGGGCAUCCCUCCGCUCAAGAUCAAGUACAGCCGUACAAUCAACGGCAAAGACCACAGCUUCCACUUCCAAAGCCUGCAGCCGGAGGGUUUCGUGUCGCCCCUAGGCACUCUGCGCUCAACGAGUCUCAUCGGGCUGGACGACGAGGACAUCUCGUGGGCCCGGUCCCAACGGGUCCCUGUCGGCCUCAACGAAUCCAUGCACGCUAGCGGAGACUGGCAGUACUCGGUGGACGAAGUCCAAGACGGUUUUGGGAACCUGGUCAAAUACGAUUCCCCGGCCGACGACCCUGAAGGCAGGCCCAAGCCUAAGCAUCUUGUGCAGAACUUCGUGGUCAAGGAGCGCCCGCAGGUGCGGCUGGAAGGUUGCGAUCUCAGGAAUCCGCUCAAAGUUGCCAAAGGCAACGAGAAGGAGCUGCCCGUCCGGUUCGGAAUCGCGGGGCAGACUCCCGACGUGACGGCCCACAGCCUGACCUGGCAGUUCUCGCCCAUCGAUACUCUGACCGAAAGCGGGGACCACGGCGAUGUGGUUUCCAUCGGAUCCUACAAUGCGAAGAAUGCCCGCGACAGGCCGAGGAUCUCUGCUCCCGGCCUGUACACUCUGAAAUCCGUCUCGGCCAGCUCCUGUGAGGGCGAAGUCCAGGAGCCAUCCUCUUGCCUGCUGCUGAACCCUCUCGAGCCAAAACUCACUAUACGCUCCGAGGAGAUUCCUGACACUUGUGCCGGUAACUCGAUCGGCCUGCGGGUAGACAUGGAUCUCAUUGGCACCCCGCCAUUCAUCGUCAGGUAUGACGUGAUUUCCAACGGUCAGCGUCGGUCCGAGAGAGUCAGCAUCCCCGGCCUUCGUUACCAGAUGGACUUGGUCCCUCGCAUUGCGGGGCAUCACAAAUACAUCUUCACCCACGUUGGCGACGACAUUUACAGCGGCCAGAAGCUUACCGGAUCCGAGUAUGUCCUGGAGCAGGACGUCAAACCGGCAGCGGCCGCGCUUAUUCAGCACAGUACCGGCAAGAUGAGUUCAUGCCUUGGCGACGAGGUGACCGUUGAUAUCUUGCUUCUCGGCGAACCUCCAUUCACUCUGGAGUGGGAGAUCAUCCACGACGGCAAGAGGAAGCUGCACAAGGCCACCGAUAUCCAGUCGAACUCGUACCAGAUCAAAACGGCGCCCCUGACCCAGGGCGGAGAGUACACGUUAGGCCUGACGAGCGUCCAGGAUACGAGGGGUUGCCGAAACUUCGUGCAAGACGAGCUCAAGAUCUCGGUCAGACGCCAGAGCCCGCGCGCUGCGUUUGGCCAGAUCGAGGGCAAGCGGAAGGUGUUGGCAGUCGAGGGUUCGACGGUGAAGCUACCGGUCCGCCUUACCGGGGAGGGGCCGUGGAAGGUCUUCUACGCCAACCUCAACGACGGGCCUCCCGAUAAUCCCAAGAUCUUGGAGAGGACAGUCCGGAAUGACAACGGGUAUCUUGACGUCAAGGGCCGCGGCACCUACACCAUUACCGACGUCUGGGAUAGCCAAUGCCAUGGCGUUGUUGAUCCUAAAGCUUCCAGGUUCGACGUGGACUGGUUCCCCCGCCCCGAGAUGUCGGUCGUGCUCUCGCAUGGGGUUAGCCAGGCCGAUGACGGGUACGUCCUGGAAGACGUCUGCGAGGGCGAUGUAUCAGGCUUUGAAGUCGCCCUGAAGGGAACACCCCCUUACACGGUGGAAUACGAGGUGCGCCACCACCCGCUUCAGGGAUCCAGCUCGUUGAGCAAGAAGAAGUUCGAUGCGUCGCUUGGGAAAGAGUCGAUCCAGGCAGACACGGCCAAGGCCGGCUUGUACACGUACAAAUUCACCGCACUGGAAGACAACCUCUACAGCAGCGACCGGCACUUCAAGCCGCUGGUGGUGAAGCAGAAGGUGAACAGGAAGCCUUCAGCGUCCUUCGCCAAGCCCGGUCAGACGUUCAAGUACUGCAAAUCAGAACAAGACAACGAGGAUGGCAUCCCGGUCACGCUGACCGGCGUCCCUCCCUUCUCCCUGGAGGUCGAGAUCAAGCACCAGAGUGCGGCCGUGCCCGAGAUCUACAGGACACCGACAAUCAACUCGCACUCGUACGAGAUCCGGAUCCCGCGGCACCAGCUCCGGCUCGGCACGCAGCAGAUCCGCAUCCGCGAUGUCAAGGACGGCAGCGGCUGCCACUCGAUGGCCGAGCUGGGAGGGCCGUCGGUGCAGGUGCAACUGUUCGAAGCGCCGACCAUCUACCCGCUCGAGACGCGGACCGACUACUGCGUCGGCGAGCGCAUCUCGUACACGCUCUCGGGCACGCCGCCGUUCGAGGUGUGGUACACGUUCGACGGCACGGAGCGCAAGGCCAAGUCGCCGACGACGAGCUUCCGGCGCGUGGCCGAGUCGCCGGGCGAGUUCACCAUCACGAGCCUGGCGGACCGGGCCAGCGAGUGCCGCGCGCCGGUGCACAUCACCAAGACGAUCCACCCGAUGCCGGCGGUGCGCAUCAGCAAGGGCAAGAACGUGCGCGUGGACAUCCACGAGGGCGGCGAGGUCGAGAUCCUCUUCGAGUUCUGGGGCACGCCGCCGUUCGAGUUCACGUACACGCGCAGCACCAACGCCCGCAAGGGCCAGCGCAGCCAGGUGCUCGAGACGCGCCACGACGUCAGCCACGAGCACAGCAAGAUCAUCCGCGCCAACCAGGAGGGCACCUACGAGGUCGUCGCCAUCAAGGACAAGUACUGCGCCUUCUCGACGCAGGGGGCGGAGGCCGGCAAGAAAGACGCCGGCGGCAAGGCGCAGAAGGUGAUUAAGUAUCACUGAGCGACCUUGUUGAGAGGCCCCCGGGGCAAAGGACGUCACGGAUGUUGGGAAAGGUGGCGGGGGAGAGUUGGGUUGGGAAGGUUAGGGUGGUUGGGCUGGGCAGACAAGAGCGACGAGAAAUCAAAUAAUGAUCCGAGAUUGGGUUGGGUGGCCGUGGCGAUGUUGGUCUCUCUUCUGGUCUAUUUACCUACUGCUGCAGCUUUUUGUAUCGUACAUAAACGGGGAAGAGGGGGGUCAACAAACACAUAGCACGGCGUUCUAUGGGCAAGUGGAAUGAGGGAUGCUAUUUAGGUACCGUACUGAUGUAAAAUUUCCCUUUCCCUCUGAGAGGCCUGUGAAGUCUUCGUAGCCUUUUGAGAUGUUCUCCAAACACAGUAUCUGUGGCUG